AUGACACAAACGGACAAUGGUGUGGAAUUGGAGGAAAGCUAUCUUUCAAAGAUAUACACAUCCCAGGCAUUAACACUUCCCGAGGACAUUCAAAAUUAUGUAUUGAAUCCGAAGGAUGUCGAUGCGGAAAUAUUUUACUUAGAGAAAUAUGCCAGAACCAAAAACCCAGAUCUUUCAAAGAUCACAUUUAUGAUAGAGGUUUUAAGUAAGUGUCUAAAAAAGCACUCUGAUUUCAGAGAUUACAUAAAGCUUCUGGUAGGAAUAAUAGAAACAUAUAAAGAUUAUCGGUAUUCGAUAUUCUGCCUUCGAGCUAUUAAGUCUGUAGCUGGGUCGAAGUUUUAUGUCCCUUUAUCCUUCUAUAUAAUCAGAAUAUUGAAGAAUGCCAUAUCCGUAAAGAAUCUUUCAGUUGAGGGAAGAAAAAUAAGCUACGACAUGGUUAAUCCGGACCCCAGUAGGACAAAAAGCGAAGAGCAUCAGAUGUUUGUUAUAGAGGAGGCAGGAUCUCUUCUUCUGCAGCACAUGUCUGUGUUUUCAAAGAGUAUUGGGUUUCCAGAGCUUGCUGCUGUUGUGGUAAGCGAAUUGAAGAAGCUAAGGAUAGGAGUCUUCAAGGAAGUGAUGGAUAACGUCAUAUCCAACAUCAAUGCACAGAGGGAACACGUUCUUGAAAAGAGAAACAAUCUAAAACUGAAUGGAAUAGAUGGAAAGGUUGUGUCUUCAUUUGAAAGCAGUAUUGAAAAGACUCUUAGGUAA